CGGCGAGUCCCAGCAGGCGCGCAUGCGCAGGAAGGUAAUAGCUACACGUGUUGGAUGCAACAUGGCUGAAUCGGGUGCAGUCGGCUUCGACAGCUCUCAGGUCAAAAAAGCUGUACAAGCUCUUCUUGCCUACCAAAAAAAUAAAGAUAAUGCAAACUCAUUACUUCUGAAUGAACAUGAUAGGAUCGUUUUGAUGUUAACUGUGUGGAAAAUCCCCGAGCGCCCACAAGUUAUUAAAAUCCCAGUGCCACAUGGGAUUCGCCCGGAAUCAUUGGAGGUUUGCCUCUUUACCAGAGAUGAACCAGGCAUGUCUUAUGAUCAGACUGAGAAGUUCUAUAGAAAGUUGCUCAGCCAGCAUGGAAUUAAACAGAUAACAGAGGUCAUUCCACUUCAGAAACUUAAAAAAGAAUACAAACCCUUCGAAGCAAAGCGACGUCUGCUUGGGAAUUUUGACUUGUUCCUUUCAGACGAUAGAAUUCGUCGCUUUCUGCCAUCUCAGUUGGGCAAACACUUCUACAAGGAAAAGAGGGAGCCUAUAUCGGUAGACCUGAAAGCCAAGAACCUUGCGGCAAAACUAAACCGAUUUAUCCAAGGAACACAACUUCAUAUAACAAACAAAGGCUGCUGCUAUUCAGUCCGAGUCGGCCACACAGGCAUGGAUGUGGAUCAAAUUGUUGAAAAUGCAGCUGCUGUUGCAACAGUCCUAGCGAGGAAAUUGCCAAUGGGAUGGACAAAUGUGAAAUUGCUUCAUCUAAAAACCCAGACCUCUGUGGCCCUCCCAGUAUACAAUUCUCCACUUAACAAUCUGGACCAAUUGAAUGCCUCUUCGGGAAGUCAGAAGAGAAAACAAAGGAAAAAGAAGCAAGAAGUCUUCCAGCCCUUACCUGUAGACUCCACGGUCACAUCUGAGGUAGCGACUGCACCUAUAGAGCAACCGGAGGAGGAGGAAGAUGAAGCAAUUCCUGAGCUGGUCCCUAUACCGGCCACUGCUGAGAAAGAAGAGAAGAAGAAAACCGAGGGGAAGAAAACCCCUGCAAAAAAGCCUAAAGCUGGAGUAAAGAGGCAAGCACCUGUGGAAAGUGAAGAAGUGCCAUCAACGCCAAAAGGUGCAGGGGAGAAGCGUAGAGCUAAUAAAGUAAAAAAUGGUGACCCCACAGAAACGCCAAGCAAGCAGAAGAAGGGCACCCCGUUGAAACUGAAAAACACAGAAGAUGAUGAACAGGACUCAUUGCCCAAACGCAGCAGUCUUAAAAAGACUCCCAAAAAAACUGGUGUGAAAUCUUCUGUGAAACUAACAAAAUCUGCCAAGAAGGCUCCUCAAACUCCAAAACUAAAGCAGAAGAAGAGGAUGAAAACCCCUCAGUCUGUAUAAAACAGAUGAUUGGUUUUCUUUACUAAACUGUGACUUUGCAAGUACUUUGCUUGAGAUGAAGCAUUUAGACAGAGUAAUCUCUAAAUGAGUGUUCUGUGGGGUCCUAUCCUUUUAGAAAAUACAAGUUGGCCAAGAUUUCUCGAAUGUCAUCUCAUCUGUUUAACUACUACAAACUCACAGUUUAGGAAAUAAAUUCACUGUUUAGAAAAUAAAA